AUGGCGUUCAGUGAUAAAACUAAUGCAGCUUUAUUGGGCACAAAUGAAGCAACAAGAAAGCAUGUUGAGGAAUUAAAAAGUUAUGUUCGAGCGAAACAACCAGUAACGCGUGCAUCAGUAGCCAUAGACGACUGUCAAUUCCAUCAGUGUGUGAAACUUGGAAAGUUUGACACCGAGCACGCAAUUUCCUUCAUUCCUCCAGAUGGAGAAUAUGAGCUCAUGAGGUACCGAACCACAAAAGAUAUUCAGCUUCCAUUCCGUGUUAUCCCCCUCGUGCGAGAAGUAUACAGAAAUAGAAUGGAAGUUAAGGUCAGGUAA